GAGCCCCUGGAGAAGUGCCUGUGUGCAGUGGGAAUCUCUGCAGCUGCAUGUUAGCAGGAGGAUGAGAGGCGGGAAUUUGCAGCGUGGUGCCAGGCCCCAGGCACGGAAGAGGGGGAGAGCCAGGCCAGCGGACGUGUGAGCGGAGCUCCCGGCUGGAAUGCACCAGCUCAGCAAGGGAUUGUCCUCGCCGGGCCGGGCGGGUGCUGCGCCCGGAGCCUGGUGGCCGUGACAGCUGCCCGGACCAUGGCGGCCGCAGACAGCCCCUCGGCCGCCCUCCGGCGCCGYGACCUCUGCAGCCGUGGCAUCCGCCUGGCCGGCAAGAUGCGCGUGGAUGUCAUCGACCUCCUGGAUGCCUACGUGGAGCGGCAGGGCUUGGAYGUCUCCAGCUUGGACAGCAGCGUGGCGGCGGUGGAGGGGGUGCCGCUGGCGGCGGUGGAGCGCUGGGACGAGCAGACGGGCACGCAGCGGCUGCUGGAGAACCUGGCGGCCUACCGGGCCUUCCGUGCCCUGCUGGCCCAGAUGCUGGAGGAGCAGCGCGAGCAGCUGGGCGAGGCUGACGCGGGCCUGGGCCGGGCGCUGGCGUCCGUCCUGCUCCAGGUCUCGGCCUUCACCUAUCACCUCGAGGAGCUGCUGCGGCUGGAGAGCCGCGGGGUCCCCGGCGAGGAGGAGGAAGAGGAGGAGGGAGAGGAGGAGGAGGACAGGCCGGCGCCCCCGCCGCGCCUCAGCAUCUUCGAGCAGAAGCUGCGGGGCCUGGGCGUGCUGCGCGAGCUGGCCCAGUGGGCCGUGAGGUCCGCCCGGGACCUGCGGCAGCUCUCCAAGCCUAGUCCGGCCACCGGCACGGCCGCCGGCCUGGCCGAGASCCCCUGAGAGCGAGCAUGGGGCAGGGGGUCUUGGGUGCCGCUGGGGUUCCUUGUCCAGCCUCUCGAAGAGCGGCUGACAGCGAAGGAGGGGACACAGAGGGGAGGGACCACGUCAUUAAUCCCUGCGCUUUUGGUGCUGCUCCCUGUGGGGAAACUGAGGCAYAGGCYGCAGUCUCCCCUGGAGGGAGCAGGGAUCUUCUGGGGUUCUUGGGCUCUUCCUGCUGGGCAGCUGAAUUAUCCCCCGGGAAGCAGCUUUGCUGCUUGUCCCUGGGCCUGGAGGCUGUGACCAGUGGCACUGCCCUUAUCUUUGGAAUUUGGCUGCCAGAAACUGCCUUGGGGCUCUUGCAGAUGCAGGGCAGGAGGAAGGGACAGAAAAGCAUCACCUGGUGAAAGGAGCCUUGGACAUGCCCCCCAGCUGCAAGGCACAAAGCUUGGCCCCCUGCUCGUGGGCUCUCGUGCCCAGCUUUCRUCUGUUGCUCAUCAAAUUUCUGCUCUAACUGCUUGGGGGCUUUUUGGGGAGGGGGGGAGCAAGAAUGCGAUCAGGAGGGGAAUUCUUAACUGCUCAGACAUGGUAAUGGAGGGGAUCUUUUAACAGAARGGGGAUCUUUUAACUGUGAUUCAGAAGCCCCUCUGUAAUGAGGUURGUGCCUGCAGGGGUUAUUUUAGAGCUGGGAAUGGCAUGGGAGAAUCUAACAGCCCCAAGCACAUYGCUCACCCUAUGGAGUUCUGGGAUGUUUCACAGCUUCCUGGGCCAUGGUUCUCAUGCCAACUGAAUGUGAUGGCUGCUGGCUGCUGUGUGAAUAAAAGGGCUCGGAGA